CAGUCAGCUGCCGCACUUGGUUUGUUCGUUCAUACUUCCAGCGUUUUCGUGGCUUUUUCUGCGCUCCCGUGACAAGUUUUUGUUUGUUUGUUUGUUUGUUUGUUUUCCAGUCGCGGUCAUGAUGAACUGUGGAGCGUUCAGGAAUAUAACGCUCGGACUGUGCUGUAAGUCGACGAGUGCGGGCUGGUUUGCGCGCGUGUGAGGUUUAAAGGGAAUUUACGCGCAAGUGUUCCUUCCCAUCCAAAACCAGCGAUCGGGAUGGCAGAGGAGUUAUUCAGGGAUUACUUCCCGGAUCUAACAGAGCUGGAAAAUAAGAUCGGGAUGAAGACACCAGAAAGUCUUCUGACCUGGAUGAGAGAUGCUCCAAAUUGUGAAGGUGGCCGGAGGUCUGAAGUGACCGGCAGGGAAAACCACAGCGCGGAUUUCCCCGAGGCUUUGUCUGACAAAAUUAACAACUUAAAAAAAGAGCUGAGAUGGCUCCGUUCUGCCGAUGUAAGGAUCCUACGGCAACUGGUGGCUUUGCACGAAGGGAUCGAGACCAUGCGCUGGCUACUGGAGGAUAGGGGUCCUUUAACCAGUCGUGGCAGCAGUUUAACAGGAAGCCUGAGCAGCCUGGAGAAUGGGCCUUUGAUGUCUCCCUGCAGAGAAAACCCAGGCUACCCUGAGGAACUGACUGAAAUAAUGGGUGAGAAUUCAGAGAAUUCAAACCCUAAAAGCUAUGCUGACAUUCUCAGUUCAGACUCUAGUGAAGGAACAUCUCCGAGUCCUUCCGCCUCCGAAUUUUUGAUCAAUCAUCCUGCUCCUGGAAGUUUCGGUCAGACGUCAUUUAGUCCAGCCAGUGGAUCGAAUGAUGAACAACCACAGGACGUUUUUCUAACGUAUUUACCGCCAAAAGUAAAAAAUCGUGGCGACACCAUCCGAAGAGUUUUGCUUAGAUCUUUCAAACCAAGAAAAAGCUUGGACGUGGAGACUUUUGAACCCGCUCCACUUCCACGAGAGACACAGACAGUACAUCAAUCUCAGGAGAGUUUCACAGCACCUCACACCAAUAUUAUAGAAAAGGAAGACAGUGAAACCAGUGAGGAGGAAGUUUUCCUAGGCUAUGAUGCCCAGUGGUCCUGGGUGGAAUCAGAAGAUGAUGUGACAUAUGUAUGACGACCUCUGAACACAACUUUGAUUUAUGAUCUUUGCUUUAAAGCUUUUUAACUAGCGAUCUGAGACUUAAAGCACUUUGGCACACUUUUUAGAAUAAGAUUAAAGCCACUGACUGUGAAGACUGUUUCUCUGUGUGUCACUAUACUCUGUGUUUGACUUGAUAUUUUUAAAUUAUUUGUUAUAAAUAUUAAAUAAUUAGAAAUGAAUGAUGUGAUGACGGUUUCAAACACCUGAAUGAGAUCUGAGCAUCAGAUUUUGUGUCUUUGUUGUGUAACCAUCGGGUCUUAUGUUUUGUAUUUGUUUAAAUAACUUUGCUUAGCAGUUUUCUUAUCUUGAAUUUUAUGGACACUGUGCUUUCUUAAAUCUCUUGAAGAUAGGGGAAAAAUAGCAGAA